AUGUACAAUCCAGUGAAUUACGAUGAAUUUUGGACAAAUUUCGAGAGGCAGCACACAUGCGCUCGGCAGGCUCUUGCGCCGAGCGCCACUGCAGGCGUUUCCGGGCAACGUUUCUCCGGCGAGGUCUUCCGCGACCUGCCACGAGAGGAGUGGCGUUUUGCUGGUAUUCGUCGCAGUGACCUGAAGGCACUGCGGGACGAGAAGCAUUGUGACCGUUGGAUCGUUGUGACAUCGAUUUUCCAGCCUUCGCCUGCAACAAGGAGACUCGGCGAGCUGACAAAGCAAGGCUGGUGCUAUGUCGUUGUCGCAGACAAGAACGGCCCGAAGGACUACGAUGAUGUGGAAGGUGUCAUCUACCUCACUGUGGAACGCCAACGGGCCCUGCAUUUCCACAUCAUGGAUCAUCUGCCCUGGCGACACUUCGGCCGAAAGAAUGUGGGUUUCCUGUAUGCCAUUGCGCAUGGGGCCAAGAUUAUAUACGACACGGACGAUGACAACCGCCUCAAGGAAGCGAGAAUACCCAUUCUCGGCUUCAAUGAUGGAGGCACGGUGGACGGUCUGGCGAUGAACGUUUCCCGACCAGAUGUGGAAACUGUGGGCCAUAGCUUGACCUCGCAGCCAGGCUUGCUCAAUCCAUAUCCCAGCUUCAGGCCUACUUGUGGCCACAUCUGGCCGCGGGGUUUCCCUCUGGACUUUGUCCAGUCACCACAGACCUUCAACCGCUCGCUCCUGACCGUGCAGUUGAGCCGCCCACCGGCCAUCCAGCAGUUUCUGGCUGACGAGGAUCCUGACGUGGACGCCAUCUUCCGACUGACACGGCCACUGCCUUGCUCCUUCCAAGGCCAAGGAGGGGGGCGGCCUGAAGCUUUCGCGGUGCCUCCCCAGUUCUUCACACCUUACAACGCGCAGUGUACCGUCCAUCUCUACGAAUCUUUCUGGGGCCUGCUGCUUCCUGUCACGGUACAUGGCCGCGUCUCGGACAUCUGGCGUGCCUACCUGACGCAGAAGCUGCUUUGGGAUGUGGGUCAGGUCGUGACAUUCAUGGCCCCGCACGUUGUGCACGACCGUGUCGCCCACGACUACCUGAAGGACUUCCAAAGCGAGGGUGACCUUCAGCUGAAGAGCACGGCGCUUGUUGCGUUCCUGGCGAAGUGGUCCAGCGACGCGCCCACACUUGUGGAGCGGAUCGAGCAGCUCUGGUCAGCACUCUACACACGCGGAUUUGUGGAGCUGGGAGACGUGAGGCUGGCGCAGGCCUGGAUCCGAGACUUGAUCUCGGUGGGCUACGAGUUCCCGGAGCUACAGCUUGGCAAGAUCAUGUGGGUGGCGGCCGAUGGCACACCCGCGGCGGAAGAUAAGAGUGUGUGCCUUUCCCUGCUUGGCCUUGCCGUCGCGGCGCUGGGCACUUUGCUUGGCAUGUUCUUCUUCAGCAUGCAGUGGCGAAACUACAAUGUCUGGCUCGGCGGCCAGCUUGAGUGGAGGUGCAGCCUCGUCGUCUGCUCGCUGCGAUAUGCUCGGCCCAGUUCUCUUAUGGAGAGGGCGCUCGACAAGGUGCUGCAGGAUAAGUACGCCUCGCCCGAAAUGGAGCAGUGGGCGAUUGAUUUCUGCAAUGGGAAGGUCGAGCAUUUCCCAACCCUGUGGAACUUGAACUUCUGUGAGAACACGAACCAUGUGCAGUACAAGCUGUUCGGCGCUUUUUGUGAGCGAAGCGAUUAUUCCGGAAAGUUCAUCGAUGGGACGAUAUGGAGCAUCAUGCGCUACACCUCCCGCACGGCCUUCAUCAUGACCUUGCUGAGCCUUCUAGCGACGCUGACUACGGCGCUGUUCCUCAUGAAGGACCACCAGACCUGUUCCAAAACGAAGAAACCGCGGUGGGCCAUCUCAGAGGAGAAAACCGGGAAGUUUCGGCCGUAUGUGAAAAUCUGUGCUGGCCUGGCGCCGCUGUUGCAAGCCCUAGCAGCUAUUCAGUACCGUUGGUGCAUCGAGUCCUUCGAGCGCUACGGGGGCAUCCCCAAGCAGACGAAGCUGGUCGGAUUGAUAAGCAGGGAGUCUUCCGAGGUGCUGGCGCCCAUGUCCACUGGGGGUGUGUCCAGGAUUACUCAGUCGUUCUUUUGUCCGAGUGAGGUGGCCGUGGCUUGGGCCGUUAUGCUCUUCUUCACUGUGUCUCUUCUGGAGGGCGUGCUGGUGGCUGCGUUGCUGUCCGGCCCGCUGAGGAGGCCAGAAAGGCCCAUUGGGCUGGAUAUCUUCGACACCUGCGUGGAUGUGCAACUGGAGCGGCGGACGCGCCACGAUGUGGAGCUUUCGGAGCUUCCGAGCACGAAGGCAAGCUCAGUGCUGCCUAAACAAGGAGGAGUAGCAGCAUCAUCAUCGGGCGCUUGGAAUGCAAUGGGCCCUCAGCAGGCGUCGCCUUGGCCAAAGUCAAUGCCAGGGCCUGCCCAGCAGCACCCGGCGCAGCCUGGGCUUCAUCUGCCGCCGCAGUGGGGUCCGCCUAAGCAGCCACCUAUGCAGCCGCCCAUGCAGCCGCCUAUGCAGCCGCCUAUGAUGCGCCCACCUCCACAUUCGCAAGGUUGGGCCCCGGCUCUGCACAAAGCGUCGCUGCCAUUGAUGCCACCAGGCCUUCCAGCCCCACGCUCUCCACGGCAGUUUGAUCACUCCUACCAGACCCCUGUUCCUCCGAACUGGGCCAACACCAGCAAGCACACCAGUAGCUGA